UGCCUAGUGACCCUAUAACCAGGUCACAGGGGCGGUGCAGAAGCAUAGAAUGAAUAGGGGUGACCAGGAAGUGUGAACUCAGACUGGAAAGGCAGCAAGUCCCGUGGUCUUCGGUCUUCUGCUGGAGCUAACAUCUGGACAUGUGGAACCCUAAUGCUGGGCCUAAUUCAUAUCCACCCCAAGUGGUGUGCCCAGGAGGUCCCAAUCCUGCCUGUCCACCGCAUGUCAAUCCUGCCUUUCCUCCUGGCCCCUGUCCUCCUGGAAUUCCCCAGGGAAACCCAGCUUUCCCUCCGUGCCAGCCUUCUUGCCCUACUGUGCCGCGACCAGGAUGUCCAGGACACCCACCCUCGGGCCCCUGCCCUCCCUCAUACCCACCGCCUGGUCCUGGCAUGUGCCCUGUGAACCUUCUGGCUCCUGGCAUCGUAGGCCCAGGAACAGUGAUAGAUAAGAAGAUGCAGAAGAAAAUGAAGAAAGCUCAAAAGAAGAUGCACAAAAAACACAGGCAUGGAAAGCACUCCUCCUCCUCUUCCUCCUCCAGCAGCGACUCUGACUGAACGCAGGGCUGGACCCUCCUCCCCUCGAGUCUCAGCAGCUCCACUCUCCCAUCAAGUUUCAGCUGUCAUCUUGUGCUCCCCGCCCUACGCCUGCCUGUGUCUUCCCCUGCUGUCGGUCCUGGCUGUCUAGGGAGAAGGGGAAGAAGAUGGCUGUGGGCUGGUGAACCUGACUUCGCCCUCUUGCCGUCAUCCUGCUUGGCGAGGUCAGCAGGGGAACUGUCUUUCCAAGAUGGUGAAGACAGUUUUUUAAAUCUGCACCACGUGAUCCUUUUUAUUGUUUUUUGUAAUGCUUGUGACUGGGGUCUGCGAAAAUUUAUGAUGGAAACCUGUAUUUUUUUGAUGUUGGCACACGAGGGGAUGGAGUGGCAGGCCUGCUGACUGCAGCGGGCACUGCAGAGCUGCUGGGGACCAGAGUCCUCUUCCCUGAUGAGCUCUUUUAGAACCUAGUCUGUUCCUUAGUUAAAUGAUAUCUCAGAUGGCUCUUAGUCCAAAUAAAAGCUACUCUCCUGGC